AUGCCAGCCCCUCGCUGCUUCAUCAUCCGCCACGGCGAAACCGAAUGGUCCCUCAAUGGCCGACACACGGGCAUCAGUGACCUCCCGCUCACAGCCAAUGGUGAGAAACGUGUCGCGGCAACUGGCAAGGCUCUCGUUGGUGAUGACAGGUUGAUUGUGCCAAAGAAGUUAUCUCAUGUUUACGUCUCCCCCCGCACCCGUGCACAACGAACACUCGAAUUACUAGAGAUUGGAUGCAAAGAGAGACUCCCUUGGAAAGAGAGCCGGAAGGCCGAGGAAGACGAACCGAUUCGGACAGAAGCCAAGGUGGUCAUCACUGAGGCCGUUCGCGAAUGGGACUAUGGUGAUUACGAAGGUUUCACGAGCAAACAGAUCAAGGAGCAGCGGGCGAAGAAUGGGGAGGAGCCGUGGGAUAUUUGGAAGCAGGGAUGUCCCGGUGGAGAAACCCCCGAAGACGUCGUCCGUCGUCUCGACGCAGUCAUCGCAGACAUCAGAGAAAACCACCACCGCAAAUGUUUCGAAGACCCCAAUGCCUCCGGAGACGUCCUUAUCGUCGCACAUGGCCAUAUCCUCCGCGCCUUUGCCAUGCGCUGGACCGGGAAGCCAUUGGCUGAGACAUCGCUCAUUCUGGAAGCCGGUGGUGUUGGUACUCUUAGUUACGAGCAUCAUAACAUCGACGAGCCGGCGAUUAUUCUCGGAGGAGGGUUCGUGGUAGACUAA